AUGAUAAAUUUUCCAGUUCAGUGUACUACACGGGGCUCGCUCAAGUCGCUAAUUAAGCUUUCUGAUCAGGAAUGGCCUCACAAACCACUACCCCCUCAGUUCUUAGUGCCCAAGUGGUUGGAAAUGCUUUUGUUGAGCAAGUCUGAUGGUGUCAUGAAGACUGUUACUACUAUGAAAGGUAUCAAUGAUAAGAUAUGUUCCUUGGACUACAAGAACUACAAGGCAGAAAUAAAGACUGCUGAUGCUCAGGAUUCUUACAAGGGUGGAGUCAUUGUGCUUGUAACUGGGUGCUUGACUGGAAAGGACAAUCUGAGAAAGAAAUUCACACAAACAUUUUUCCUUGCUCCACAAGUCAAAGGAUAUUAUGUUUUGAAUGAUGUCUUUAGGUAUGUUGGUGAGAUUGGAUCAGACACCGGUGCAGGCGAAAUUAUUGGAGUUGAUAACGCGCCACAAUCAAAUUUCCUGACUCCAGAUCCAGAACCCACUCAGGUGUUGGAUCCUCCCAACCUGAACCAGUCAACUUCUCAAACAGAGGAUGUUGAAAUUGUUGAGGAGAAAGCUGAUGACCAAGUGAAUGAUGAGAUGCAAGUUAGUAAUGAUGUUGAUAUUCCGACGGUAGGUGAAUCUCAUUUAGUCGAGAAUCACAUAUCCACAGUUGCAGAAUCAGCUACGUCCUUCUCCCGGGAGGAUGCUCCAAAGAAGUCGUAUGCUUCAAUUUUAAGUUCACAAUUGAAGAAGGGGUCAAACAAAGUUUAUGUACCUGCUAAUUCAUUGAGAGUGGCUCCUAUAAUAACUGGAAAACAAUCAAUUAGUUCAGCUGCACCUGCUUCAGGCCCUGAACCAUCAAACUCAACUGCACCUGUUAAUGAUCUGGAAAGCCAUGAUACCGAGGACGAAGUUGAGGGUCAUUCCAUUUAUAUCCGCAAUUUGCCUCUAACUAUAACAGUUGCUCAGCUUGAGUCAGAAUUCAAGAAAUUUGGACCUAUUAAGAAAAAUGGGGUCCAAGUCAGAAGUAACAAGCAACAAGGAUUCUGUUUUGGUUUUGUUGAAUAUCAAGAGUUCAGCUCAAUGCAAAGUGCAAUUCAGAGAUCAAGAUAUAGCCCCUUCUUGAAGUAUAUGUACUCUUUCACUUAA